UUCUCGGCGUACCACCGGAAACGGAAAUGCGUGUUUUGAGCAUAACAGUUGAAGUUUGUGAUCGCUACAUUUUUGAGUUUGUCUUUGUUUAUUUAUAUGGUUUUGUGUGGACGACGAUGUAUGUUUAGUCACAUAACGGUAUAAUUAGUUUAUAUAUUUUAGAAUGACCAAAGAAAGGCGACACAAGAGAAGGGAAUCUCCCGAGAGGGAGUCGAAAGUUAAGAUAAAGCAAGAGAAACUGAGCCCUGUUAGGCCACAGACAUCACGCCGCUCGAGGUCGAGAUCCAGCGGCAGCUCAAGUCCACAGAGGAGAAGAACGAGCAGGUCACCCGCCCGGACGAGGGACCGUUCACCAGGUAGAAGAGAGACAUCUCCCGCCAGACGAGGCAGCAGAUCACCCAGAAACAGGAGAAGUCGCAGUCCCACUCGUGGUCCUGAUGUCAAAAUAAAGCGGGAGCGUGAAGAGCAUCGGGCUAGUGGUGAUGAGCGGAGGAGAAGAAAUGACCAGCCAGAGGAGAGGCGGAGCAGGUGGGAAUCAGACAGACCGCGGGAGAGAGACCGUGGCGGAAACAGACACAGAGAACGAGACGCACUUGCCUCCCAACAAGCGGAGAGACAGCAGCACAAUGAGCGGCGCAGGGAAAACCGUCAGCGGCGUGAAGAAAACCAAGAACAUGAUUUUGAAACAUCUGAAGGAGGGAGUGACGACACAAAUGCCCCUCCUGUUGAGAAAGAGAAGCCCAACUUUGAACUGUCAGGGGCACUAACAGAAGAUACAAACACAUUCCGGGGGGUGGUGAUCAAGUACAACGAGCCACCUGAGGCUCGCAUUCCCAAGCGCAGAUGGCGACUGUACCCUUUUAAGAAUGAUGAACCCCUUCCAGUCAUGUACAUUCACAGACAGAGUGCCUAUUUGUUGGGGCGGCAGAGAAAAAUAGCUGAUAUCCCCAUUGACCACCCAUCGUGCUCCAAGCAACAUGCAGUAUUCCAGUAUAGACUGGUGGAGUUUACACGUGCAGACGGCACUGCUGGCCGCAGGGUAAGGCCUUACAUCAUUGACCUGGGCUCCGGCAACGGCACCUACUUGAACAACCAGCGCAUCGAACCCCAGCGCUAUUAUGAGCUCAAAGAAAAAGAUGUUAUCAAAUUUGGCUUCAGCAGCCGCGAGUACGUCCUCCUGCAUGAGUUCUCAGACACAAGCGAGGUGGACGCCAAGGAGGAAGAGGAAGACGAGGGCCUUGAUGAGUAAAUCGUUCCCAUAAACUAUAUUGCCCAAGUUCAUUCAGGUUAGAUAACAUCGUCAUCAAUGUUUAUCAAAUAGUUGUUUCUGCAGGGGAUGGAGCAAUUAGUUGAACAGGUGAAUGUGGGACUUUAUUAAAAUAAUGGAAGAAGGCUGGUUUGUAUAUUCUGUAAUUACCGAACUAUUGCUUAAACCUGCCACAACUGUCUCAAAGAAGACUUUCUAUUCUCAGGUUGUUUGUGUAAUGUCUGUGAUGCAUGACUGAUCUCACAUCUGACAGUGUUCACAAUAAAACGUGCUUGGUGCCAGAUAAAGAUAUCUUGCUAAUAAAUACAAUAGUUAGAUAUUUUUGGAUCACAGCACUGUGUCCAGGCUAUAUAUGUCAAUGUACAUGAUAUGUGGAAUGUGAACUCUAGAUUCAUGUUUAAUAAGCAUUGCUUAUUGUCAGAGUCAAACAUUACAGACAUACAACUUGUAAUGAUAUUGCCUUUUUUGCUUUGUAGUGCAGGGAAAAUAGUUGAUGCUGUUGUGUUUCCUUGCACCAAUGCUGUGUGUAUUUAGACUUUUAUUUUUGUCUGUUCUGAAGCCCACAGCAUUCAUAGUAAAUUUCAAAACAAACAGAUCACUUGCACUCACAGAUAAGUACUCUUCUUGUUUAUUGUGGGCAAAAAAACGAACGCGUUUCAGCUAUAAGCCAUAUCUGAAACGCGUUCUGUUUUGUUUUUUUGCCCACAAUAAAAACAAAAAUACUGAGUGCGGGUGAUCUGUUUGUUUUGAUCUUUGCUACGACCGUGCACCCGAUCCAGUGUAAGAUUUGGAGCUGUGCGCUAUUUUUCAUUAUCUUCAUGGUAAAUUUCCAUGUAUGUACUGUAAAUAAAGACAGAAAAUGUC